CACGAAAACUGCAGCAAUUUCCCCGUACAUAUUUUUUCAGUAAUCCUAUAAUAAUUAGAAUCUUUAAGGCUACAAAUAUUAACGCAAAGAUAUCGUAUAGGUACCUAUACGAAUAACUGUAAAUAAAUGUAGGUACCUAUCUACCUCGCGUGUGCGUAAAGGUAUAUUGCGGCGGUAUACCCUCUAUAAGCGUACCUAUAUAUAGAGAUAUACAUUUAUAAGCGUGUUUAUAUCAACACGAAAACCGAUAAAAUUCUAAUCAUAAUCUAGUGCAUACCUACUACCUAGUAUACCUAUUAAAGUAUUACCUAUACACAUAUUAUAUUGUAGCAUCGUUGUAAUGUCUUAUUUUUCCGACAUUUCUGUGGUGGUGAUGCCAGCCAUCGCGUAUAUCUGCGGUACAUAUACACUGUAUUGUAUGUAUACCUAUAUAUAUAUAUCUACGAUUUAAUAAUACUCGCGAUUUUGGUUAUCUCGGGAAAAGCCGCCGCGGCUGAUCUAUACGGCGGCGCUCCGGUCGCCCACCCCGGCAACAAUAAUAAUAUAAUAACAAUUAUUAUUGAGAGGUAUUAUUCAGUGUAUAGGUACCCAUCACAAGCUUCAUUUGACGCGCGUCCGUUGUUCGUGUCCGAUGUUCGCGUGUGCCCGCCGAGUGCUGCAGUACAAUAAUUAUGUGAUUUAAGGUAACACUAUGUAGAUACACUAUUUCGCAUUUUAAAUCAUAAAAAUACAAUCGUCGUUACCCAUUAUAAUAUUAUAAAAUUUCCAACGUUGCAAAUUAUUAUAUACCUACGCGCAGCAUUAACAAUAAUUGUAAAUUAUACGCGCACGAUGUUCCUCGUCUACAGCAGAGUUCCCACCACAUCGUUAGUGCAGCCGUUACCGCAGCCGCCGCACACGUCUUCGUCGUCGUCUUCGAGCCCGCCGCCCUUACAGCUAUCGCUCACCGCGGCCCGGCGACACACUUCCGUCUCGCCGCAACCGCCGUCCUCGACCGCAGCCGGCCACAACUCGUCUCCGCCGCCACCGCACCAGUCAAGGUCCACCGUCGGCGGAUCAACCACAGCGUCGGCGGCCCUACCGCCGUCGUCCACGGCACCGUCGUCCGUCGGCGGCAGUCCCACCACGGCCGUAGCCACGGUCAGCACGUCCACCGCCGCGGCCGCGGCCGCCGCACCUCCCCGGUGCUGCGACACCGGCCGGCCCAUAUUCACCGACCCCAUCACCGGGCAGACGGUGUGCUCGUGCCAGUACGACCUGCUCAGCUACCAGCGGCUGGCCGCCUCGGGCGUACCGGCCCUGUCCAUGUACACCGCACCGUACCCCGAGGGCAUGGCCGCCUACUUUCCGGCCCUCGGCUCUGACCAACCGCCUUUCUACUCUGCCGCCGCAGCGGGACUUGAUCUCAAAGAGAACUUGGCAGCUGGAGCUACAUGGCCGUACCACUCGGUCUAUCACCCCUACGACGCCGCGUUCGGGUACCCUUUCAACGGGUACGGCAUGGACCUCAACGGUGCCAGGCGGAAAAACGCCACUCGAGAGACAACCAGCACGCUGAAGGCUUGGCUUAACGAGCACAAGAAAAACCCGUACCCGACCAAAGGUGAGAAGAUCAUGUUGGCCAUCAUCACCAAGAUGACGCUCACGCAGGUGAGCACGUGGUUCGCUAAUGCCCGAAGGCGGUUGAAGAAGGAAAACAAGAUGACUUGGGAACCCAGAAAUAGGGUCGAAGACGAGGACAACAACAACGAAGAUGACCGAAAGAGCCCAGACCCAAAAGAUCUCGAUUGUAAAGACUCGGGCACGGGAUCGAGCGAGGACGGUGACCGGCCGGGCGCCAAUCACACAGGCAGCGAGUGGAGCGAAUCGCGGGCCGACAGCGGACCGGACUCACCGGAGCUGUUCGAUCGGCCGCCGCCACCACACUUCCUGCACCACCCGCCGCCGUACCACCACGGCCACUAUCCCGGAGCGCCGCACCAUCCGCCGCCGUCACACCUUGGCCACCACCAUCACCACCACCAUCCGUCGGCGGCGCCACCGCACCACCGGUUCGCGUCCGUGUCACCACCGACCACCGGCGGAGUCGGCGGCGGGCUUCUGCCGUCGCAGAGUAGCGCCCCCAAGCCACGCAUCUGGUCGCUGGCCGACAUGGCCAGCAAGGACACGACGACCACGACGACGGCCGCGGCCGCGGUCGAGACGUCCACGCCGUCCACCCCACCGCCGCCGCCGUCACCGCAUCAGCACCAGCGGUCACCGCACCACCAGCAACUGUCCCCUCCGUCCGUCGGCGGUGCGUCGUCUGCGGGCCACCGACGGCCGCCCGCCGUUCCCGUACCGUCGCUGCCCGCCGGUUACGCGCGCCACGAGCAGCUGUACCGAUCUUUCUACGAGGAUCCCGCGGCCGCGGCCUAUCAUGCGCGUGCCUUCGGCGGCGGCGGCGGGAUCGUGUUCCAACCGUCCGCGGCCCACCAGCACCAUUUGCACCAUCACCACCAGCAGCAGCAACUGCACUCGGCGGCCGCGGCGGUCGCCGAACCGUCGCCCGCCUCGUCCUCGUCCGACGCCGAAUCCGUCGUGGCCGUCCAGCACGCCGAACGGGCUUGACGAGAAGCGGCUCGACCACAAACACACGUAAAUCCAAAGACAAAACAAAAAAAUAAACAAACAAACAUUAUUUUGUAAAUAUUAACGAUAAUAAUAUAUAAGAGUAAACUUUGUAAAUAACAUAUUAUUAUUAUUAUAAUAUAUUAUAUAUAUAUUAAUGAAUAUUAUAAGGUAAAAACACAUAAUAUAAUAUAAUAUGAUAUGAUUAUAUAUAGAAAACGGCAUGUAUAAGACAUUGUGCGGACAAUAAAAAAAAAAGUAAUGAUACUACUGUUAAAAAAUAUUUAAAAAAAAAAAA